GUUUCUGAGAACCAUCAGCAACAUGAGCGGACGCGGCAAAGGAGGCAAGGGACUCGGGAAAGGAGGCGCCAAGCGGCACCGUAAAGUUCUCCGUGAUAACAUCCAGGGAAUCACCAAACCCGCCAUCCGCCGUCUGGCUCGCCGCGGCGGAGUCAAGCGUAUCUCCGGCCUCAUCUACGAGGAGACCCGCGGUGUGCUCAAGGUCUUCCUGGAGAACGUCAUCCGUGACGCCGUCACCUACACCGAGCACGCCAAGAGGAAGACGGUCACCGCCAUGGACGUGGUCUACGCCCUCAAGAGGCAGGGCCGCACCCUGUACGGCUUCGGAGGCUAAACGUGUCACCACACACCCCAACAACACAACGGCUCUUUUAAGAGCCACACAUCUACUCUACAGAGAUUAAUCCUUUAGAUUUAAUAUUAGUAU